CUCUCGCCUCAAUGUUGCGGCCAGCCUAGUGGCAGAUCGCUACAAUCCUGGAGGGAGCCGGGUCGAAUGAGCUAUUGGGGUUCCCAAAUAAUAACGGGGACAAACAGACAGACAAAAAAGACACACAGACGGAUGGACGGAGAUAGGCAAGUGUUCCGACAAAACGCGACACCAUAACCGGAUUCUAUACGCCUUCUUGUUUCCGUUGUUUUGUGUUUCAGUGUUUCUUUUUUUUAUUAUUUAUUUAUUCGGCUGUAUUUAUUUAUUUAUUUAUUUAUUUAUCGAUUGAUUGCGUUUUAAUUACUGCCUUGUGACAGAGAGGGAGGGAGGAGGAGCGUAAGGGCCAAGCGCGCGCGUUGUUUUGUGUGUGUGUGUGUGUGUGUGUGUCUGUGUCUGUGUGUCUAUGUGUGUGUGUUUGUGCGCGUCCGCAUGUGAGUGCGUGUGUAUGUGUGUGCGCAGCCUUUUCCCCACUUGUUAAUUUAUUUAUUGAUGAUCGCCUUUAGUGAAUUAGUUUUCAGUGUGCUCGCGACGCGAUCCGCUGCUUUGCGCGAGCGGAUGAAUGUCUUUAUAUGUAGCCUUCAUGCAAAGGAGAGAGGAGAGGGAGCGCGUGCAGCUAGAGACCAAAUACAAUAGAUCAAACCAAAUAUUACAGAAAUCCAAAUAAGACUUUAUAACUCCGCUGGCCUUUUACACUGUCUUGUCUGUUUCUAUGUAUCAUCAUUUAUUGUGGUGUUUUAAAUUGCAAAGCGAAAACCAAAGCUAAAAAGCCGGGCCGGUGAUGCUACAGGAGUAAGGCUAGCGACUGUUCUCAUGCCUUUUCACACCUAUAGGAAACAUUACUGGUGAGGAGUGAGAGGAGAAAAUAAGCUCCCGGGCCUCUAUGUUUACUCAAGGAGAACGCUUUAGCAGUGCAAAGGUAACAGAGAGACGCAGGUGCAUUAACGACAGGCAGGUGACACACAACCUUUUAUUCUAAAGCUACUACAAUAGGCCUGUAAUUGUAACACAACUUUUUCCUGUAGCCUGUAGAAGUGAGGUCUGAUCUCCUCUCUAUCCGCCUGUGUGUUAGUCUGGACUGUAUAGGCUAACUGCUGCACUCAAGGGACCAUCCUACAUCUAUGUUCUAUGCACAUUUACACCAAAACUAAUGCCGGCCACCAGUCGACGUCCACAAAUGUAAAUAAAAGUGCGCAGCUGGGCUACAUGUGUACACACCUAACGGCGAAUGUUGUGAGCUCUCCAUACCAAAUAUUCCCCCAAAGCUGUCUACCAGAGAAACGGACGAAGACACAGAAGCUUGAGAAGAGGACAGAGCUUAUUACAGUACUUCUGUCACAUUAUUUGCAUCAAAACAAGAAGCCGGAGGAAGAUCAUGUUUGUUCCCUUGCCGGUGCCGUUCGUGUUUCAGAGAACUGCCCCUGACCUCAACGCCUGGCGUCUCAAGUCCCCUCUGGCUCUCCGCUCCAACUCCGAUAUCAGGAUGUCAAAGCCAGUCGAGGUCGAGAAAGUAGGGGCUGACUCACCACUGGAGGGCACAGAUUCUGAGCGGAAUGGACCUGAAUCAAAUCACCAGUCAAUGAAAGUCAAUCCCUUUCCCCUGUCACCGACCCUGAGCAGCAGCAAGAAUAAGAUGGAGGAGUGCGGCGAGAUGUCCCCAGCCCUUCCUCCCUCUCACGGCCCGACCCCAUCACAGACGGCCCUACAACAUACACAGCUCAUGCUGACCGGCUCCCAACUAGCAGGGUUGACAGCUCUGUUGCCAGCACAGCAGCAGUUGUUGCUGCAGCAGGCUCAGGCGCAGCUCCUGGCUGCAGCUGUGCAGCAGUCCAAUGCAGCCCACGCCGCUCAUGCUGCCCAUGCAGCCGCCCAAGCCAAUCAGCAAGCUCAGGCAGCCGCAGCAGCAAAUCAGCAAGCCCAGCAGCAGCAGCAGCAGCAGCAGGCGGGACAGACGGGUCAGCAGGCUCAGUCGCAGUCCCAGGGACAGGGACAGAGCACACAGGAACAAACAGCCCAAAGUGUCCCUGUCCCGCCUCCUCCACCCCAGCUUACCCUGUCCCAGCCAAUCCAGCUGACCGCCCAGGACAUCCAGCAGUUGCUGCAGCUUCAACAGUUGGUGCUGGUGCCCGGCCAUUCGCUCCCAUCUCCUGCCCAGUUCCUCCUCCCACAGCCACAGCAGGCUCAGCAAGGACUCCUAUCGACACCAAAUCUUAUUCCGCUACCUCAGCAAAACCAAGGGAGCCUGCUGUCUGCUCCGAGUAGAAUGGGACUCCAAGCACAGCGAGAUAAGAGUGUGGAGGUAAGCGGUGGUGGAGGCGUGACCACAAUGCCCUCAGUGACCUCUCACCCCGAGGAACCCAGUGACCUGGAGGAGCUGGAACAGUUCGCCCGCACUUUCAAACAGAGACGCAUCAAACUGGGCUUCACACAGGGAGACGUAGGCUUGGCCAUGGGGAAGCUGUAUGGCAACGACUUCAGCCAGACAACCAUCUCCCGCUUUGAAGCCCUCAAUUUGAGCUUUAAGAACAUGUGCAAGCUGAAGCCACUGCUGGAGAAGUGGCUCAAUGAUGCAGAGACCAUGUCCAUAGACAGUACCCUGCCCAGCCCCAGCUCCCUGUCCUCUCCCUCUCUAGGCUUCGAGGGGGUUCCUGGUCGCCGCAGAAAGAAGAGAACCAGCAUCGAGACGAAUGUACGUGUGGCCCUGGAACGCGCAUUCAUGACGAACCAGAAGCCUACCUCAGAAGAGAUCCUGCUGAUCGCCGAGCAGCUCAACAUGGAGAAGGAGGUGAUCCGGGUCUGGUUCUGCAACCGCCGGCAGAAAGAGAAGCGCAUCAAUCCCACCAGUGCCACCCCUCCCCUGCCCAGCCAGCCCCCCACUGCCCCACCAACGCACAAACCGCCCUGCUACAGCCCUCACAUGAUGUCCAGCCAGAUGUCCAGCCAGCUGUCGCAGGCCGUUACCAGUCUCAGCAGCACAACAGUGACCACCAUGUCCUCCGUCUGCCCCCUGACUUCCAGCCUCACCUCCACCCACCCCUCUCUCAGCUCCGCACCCUCCCCGGUGACUCCUCCUCCCCGCAGCACGGCUAGCCCAGCCACUCCCAGCCACAGCACACUCAAUCUUAACACAGGCUUAUGGCGUAUGGGUAAAAAGAACGGUGACGUGUCUAACUACAUCACCGAUUUUGCUGCAAACUUGAGGAACACUGUGAUGGGAGUUAACACAGGGAUGAACCAAGCCCUCCUCGGUAACAAUCCCCUGGCCACUAUCCAAGCCCUAGCAGCCAGUGGUGGCCAGCUGCCUCUUUCCAGUCUUGAGGGGGGCAGUAAGGUGAUUCUGGGGGCCUCUGGGGGCCAGGGAGCAGGCCUCGCCUCCUCCCUCUUCCUCAACCACCCCGCCCUCCUCCACAUGGCCCAGAACCCCGGCGCUGGACUGGUCAGUGCCGCCGUAGCCAAAGCCUCCCAUCCCUCCCCCUUCCCCUCGGCCAGCAGCAUCAGCCCCACCCCUUGCUCCCCCUCCCCUUGCUCCAGCCCCGCCUCUUCCUGCUCCUCCAGCGAAAUGGCACACAGCCCGCCCUCUCUGGGUGGGGCCAAGAUUGAGUGACCACGCCAAGGGCCAAUCAGAGAGGAGGAGGAAGGGGGAAACGAGAACCUCGCCUUUCACACCAAAGCUAUCUCUUUCUCUCUCUUGCGCUCUUCUUCCGUUAUUUUUUUGCAAUGGCUCUCUCUCUCUCUCUCUCUCCCAGUCUUUCGAUGCCAAAAAUACACAGAAUGAAAGAGGAGAGAGGGAGGGAAAGAAGUGAAAGAGGGGAGAAGGGGGGAAAGGGGAAGAUUGAAACCAAAAAUCUUUAUCUAUCAAAACAGAUGGAGAGGAGGCAACGUGGGACUUUUUUGUCAAUAACGUGUGAUAUCGACAUGGCACCUCUCCACUCUUUCUCUCUGAAGGAAAACAAACCAAUGACUCUUUGACAAAGAGACGGAAGAGACAGCAGAGAUGCAUGUCGAAGUGCAUAAACCAAAAAUGACAAAAGAUAACUUUACUAUGUGACAAAGGAAUGGCGGCAAGGACAAAAAAAAAAUGGAGAGGAGGACUGUGGUUACGUUUUCUUUUUUUUCUUAUUACUUUGAAAAGCUGCGGGUCUGAAGGAAGAGGAGUAGGGAGGAUAAGUUUAAACCAAAAAUUUACCUGAGGAGUAGGCGGAGGAGGAAUACACAAUGACAAAAAAAAAAAGAAAAAAAAAAAAAGUCAACCAUACCAAAAUCCCAAAUACCAAAAAUACGGAGAGAAAAGCUUUAUUCAAAGGACGUGUAAAUACUGAAGCUAUCCAGGACCAGGACUCUACUGCUACUGCUACUGCUACUUACACAUACACACAAACACAUACACACAUCAAGAGCCAAUCCAUCCUGCCAUCUACUCAUCCUGUCUGUGUCAGCUCAUGUGUGUCUCAUAGGUUUUCAUGCUAGAUAUUUUGGAUGAUUUUGUAAAAGCCUGUUACUGAGGCAAAAGCUUGUGAUUGCCAGUUCUGCUGUAUCUUCAUGCGUCUUAUGCGUCAUUAGUCUCUUUACCUACCUCUGGUUCUAAGAGCAUAGAAAAGCUUUCCUCUCUCCUUUUUAUUUCAAAUUCGCCUGACAGAGUCUUGUUAUUCAGUAUCUAUUUUUUACACUUUGUGAAGUACAGAUGGGAUUUUUUGUAUUAUUAUUAUUUAUUAGUGUCAUUUUACAAUCCAGCUCCUAUUUAUUGUCACACACUUUUUUAGUUAUACAGUAUAGGAUUUAUAUCAUCAUCAUUGUCAUCAUCUUUAUCUUCAUCAUACAUAUUUGUGUCAUCAACGUGCAUUUUGUCUUGAAUGUGACUCUUCUGCAGGAACAGAGAUGACGUAGGUGAAAAGAUGUCGUCUCAGUCCUCACCAAGUGCCAGUAGAUCAGAAAUAGAGUUGGCACUCUGCAAGUUGAUUUCAAGGUGUGAAUGAAUUUAUUAAGACCUAAGCAUGUGGCAUUUUGUGCUCUUAAUCAGACCACUCUUUUCCUCACUCUUAAAGAUAACCCAUUAUCAGUGACUCCAUGGCUAAAUGAACAUGCCCUGGAAACUUCACACACUGAAAAUGACGUUUGUUAAGAGUGGCGACCAUUUUGAAAGUAUGAAAUAGGGCUGUGAUUGGAGAUUUAAAGUAAUAAACAUUGAGACUGAAGGCUAAAUAAGUCAAUAAAGCCAAGUUUAGUCACAGCUGGCUCUCAUUCCUGCCUCGUCAAUCAGCAUAGACGCCGCGACACCUGUCUGUCUAGACAUGUUUACUGAUAUUUGUCUGUUUCCAUCAUCACUCCAUCAGUCACAUUUCACUGUCAUUUUCCACCUCAGACUGCCAUUAAUUCUCAAAUAGAAACCAAAGCAUUCUCAAGGCCGGCCUCGUCUUUAAGAGCCUCAGCCCAGACAUAUGAACACAAUAAAGACACCAAGGGGGUGGGAUGCAGCGGGGGCUGAGAACAGGACAUUACCACUGGAAGCCCCCCUGGUGUAAUCCCCUCCACCUGGCCCGUCGCGAAACCCACGGGGGAAGCUUUAUUUAGGGAACUGAUCCUUUACUCCGAACCCCCAGAAAGAAGGGUACGCUGGGACAGGCGAGGGAGGGACACACUGUAGUGAGGGGGAGCAGGUGUCACACUUUUUGUAAGAGGAAACCAAAAAUAAACCCAAACCAAAAAAGAAAAAACAAAAAAAACACACAACCCAAGGAAUGACAGAAGCAAACCAAAAAGAACCCUAACCAAAUGUGGCUGGAGGGAGGAGGGGAGGAGGACAAAGUGCAGGUGUUGAAAGAGAUGAAGGCGUCGCAUCGCUCUGCCUGUCUGUCUGUCUGUCUGUCUGUCUGUUAGCUUUAGGGCUGCAGCAUUCGCCCCAUUCUGAAACUGUGUAGCAUGGAUAGAGAGAUAAAUAAGACAGGCAGAUAGACAGGCGAGCAGAAGAAGGACAGACAAUUCCUCCCCUCCUCUGCCUCUCUCCAGCUCAGCUCUCUGGUCCUGGAUGGAGCUAAACGCAAAUGACCUCACUGAACUGAAAUCUUCUAAAAAUUUGUUUUUAUUUUUCUGUUGGUUGGUUCUGAUUGUUUUAUCUCUGCUGUGUCUCUUGAUGCCGUUUUAUGUACUGUACUUUAGUGCUUAUUACUCAUUUGGGAUAACGUACUCGCUUACUUACUACAAGAGCUCCUUAUUUUUUUCGUAGUCGUGCUAGAGAUUUUUAUCAGGUGGUUGGAAAAAAUACUGUGAAAAUUUAGCUUCCAGAUUUUUAUUAGAUAAAGAAACAGACUGUCUUGGCAGAAAAAAGACAAACACAAAAAGCCAAAAACAAAGAGUUGAAUAGCAAACCUUGAAAAUGCCAAACCAAAUACUGAACUAAACCAAACACAUGUAGAGAGGAACAGGAACUGCCUUCUCUGCAUGAGAGCAAAGUAAUGGGUUAGUGUCAGUUUGUCUGAGGUGAAAGCGUGUGUUUUUCUGUAUAUGUUAAUGGGAUGGGGAAAAAAGAAAAGAAAAUGAAUUGGUACUGCAGUGAUGACACUUAAAGAUGCAGAAUGAUACACACAGAAACAGCCUCGGUCAAGCUGACGGUUUGAAAGUUGGACGUAGACGUAUCCAAAGAAUAUUUGGUUUGGUCCACACCAGAAAAACAGUUGACACGCGAGAAUCGUUUCACGAACCAAACUUUAGAUGUGGGGUUUGCACCUUAAAGGUGAAACCUUUUCUCCACAUUGACUCUUAGACGGAAUGUAUCUGUUAGUGCUUCUAUAGAUUUUGUAGAAAAAAGAUCUAUGUUCUACUGCUUACUUAUCGCUAAUGUAUUAAAAAGAAAAAACUUACAAAAAAGACUUUGAGAAAAAAAAAGAUCCUAAAAAACAUUGAUGAUAAUAACUUGAUUUUAGACCAAAAAUUUUAACUAUCUCUCUUUGGACUUUUUAUUUCUCCUUAUCAAUGAUGAUUUAGACUUUUGAUUGUACUAUUUAUUCAGGUAGGGUUGAUUUAUUCGCUUGUAUUCUUUUUUGUCUUGCUAUUUAUUUGUUAAUUUAUUUCUAGAGGUGCUUUUUUUCAUAUUCUGGGACAUAUUUUGUGAUGGAUUUUGGAUUUUUUUGCCCCCUGCUGAAGUUCUUUCUUACCUCUUAAACCAAAUAAUCCUACAAGAAAUGCAACCUCGGGUUCUGUGGGGACUUAAUAAGAGAAUAUGGCUGAUUGGACGGUCGGCCAUAAAGAUAUUCUCUUCCUCACUGAGACGACUCUCGUCUUAAAGGGGAGGGGAAGCUCACAGUAGUGAGAGGCAGCACUGUGUGGAUGAACACCGUGAAUUUGGUAUUAGCUUUCCGGACACACACUUGCCUUUGUGUCUCCUGAUAAUGAGACAAAAAAAGGCAAGUGAAAUGAAAUUCUGUUUCAAAGCAUAAAUAUGAUUUAUGUGUGAAAAAACUGCCUGAGUUACAGCAUGAGGUGCUCUCUGAGGCACAGUGCUGCUUCUGUUCUCUAUAUUUUCUCCACAGGGAGAACACACUGAAAGCUUUACAGCUACACAACCAAAAACACAAAAGAAGAAGAAGAUCAACUGGGGCAAAGACUGAAGUUUUUUACAUGAUAGAGAGGAAAGAAGGAGGCAAAAGAGAAAGAGGGUGAUUUUGGAUUCCCAGCCGUAAAUUACCCUCUAACUUCUCAGUUUGUCUCUGUCUCUUUUUUUAUGUUUCUGUAUCUCUCACUUUUCUGUAAAUUGUGUUUCAACUUUUUUCUUCAUCCACUGUAGGGUGUAAAAGAGAGAUAGUUCAUCAUAUACCUCAUAUUCUUUGAUGAUAAACCAAAUAGAUGAAUGCUUUAAAAUGCGGGGUUCACGUGGGGAUCAGGGUACCGGGAUGGUACGUGUGGACGGUGUGUUUCGUGUGGCCGGGAGCAGACACAGUGAAGCCAGGUCAAAAGUCAUUGUCCUAAUGGAGGUAACCACAGAGGCUUAGGAUCGAUCUGGGAAGUAACAGAUCAUUGAAUAGAUUGCAGCUUUUUGCCAUUGGGCCCAGAAGGUGCCAUUUAAGGUCAAAGGCGGAACUGGUUCAUGCUCCUGUGCACAAACACACACACACACACACACACACACACAUACCUUGUCCCCCUGGAAUACAACCCCCGCUGUCUGUGUUGAGCUUUGAACACAGCCCUCUCCUCAUAUCUGACCCUCGCUGCUUCUUCCCCGUCAAACAUGGACAGUGGGCUUAAAGCUGCUCUUUGGCACAGAUCUAGGAUCAAACCUGGAUCCAUUUUUGGCUCAAAAAAAGCUUUUCGUUUUGUGUCUCAGAGCAACUUUAUCACCAAGGUCGCCGAGCCCUCUCUCGCCUUUAGGUCUUUAUUGCCUGAUGAGGGGGCACAUUGACCACUUGAUGUCCGUGUGUAUCAGGGAGUGCCGCAGGGCAAGUAACUGGGGAACGGCUGAGACCGAGGUUGCUAGGUGACGCAUCCAGACACUUCUCACGACUCUGUGUUUGUUGAGAAAGUGGAAGUUGAAGGGAGAGGUGUGCAUUUCAUCAAACCGAGGAAACUGAAGUGGAGAGGCACUUUUCUUGGAGCCACUGGGUUUUGAGGGACUGGGUGUCAAGUGCAGGUCUCUUUGGUGGGGAUACCCCCUUAGUGAAUGAUACCAAAGUCAAUGCCCUGCCACGGGAUGCAGCACGAUGCACACGCUCCCUAAAAUCCUGACGUCCACCUAAGUGCUCAGAAACUCCACUUUCCUCCAUAUAGAUGAUCUGCCAGCAAAUUCAUUAGCAUCUCUUUCUCCACGCAAUUACAUUUUCUCUGUAGACAAGUAUAAAAGUAGCUUUAAAGGAAUAAUUCAUCUUUUUGGGAAAUACCACUCUCAUAUCUGUAUGGUAAAUAUGAAAUUUGCCAGCACCCUGUUAGCUUAGCUUAGCAUAAAUACUGGAAUCAGAGGGAAACAGCUAACCUGUCAACUUCAAACCGCUGUGGUUUUUGAACAGAUUAUACAAACAAGAUGUAAAGUCACAGAGCUUAGAGGUGCCCUUUAUCUUCAGAGACAACUGACUACACUGAGUCAUCAUGUCAGUAGCCUUUUACACUGGAGCUCCACUCACUGGUGACUAAAAGCACCACUGCCAGCUCAGCCUUGAUACACAGCGUGUGACUGCCUGGUUAACCAAAAAAAUAAAAUUGUGUGAUCACUCUGGUGCAAAUAGGAGGCUGCUCAACUUAUAAACAGCCUGUUUCUGUGCUGAACUGAAAGUAGUAGCUCUCAACAGACUGAACUUAGCACUGAACAUUACAGCGUUAUGAAUGGGAAUGAGUUUGCUUCCUGCUGUUCACACUGUAGUGCAUUUGAACAGUGAGUGCUCGACUCAGAAGAAGGGAAAAAAAAAAAAAAACAAGUGAACAAACUGUAUAGUCGGUGACUACACAUAUCCGAAGGGAGUGAAGUGAUUUGAAUCAGCAAAGUGAUUCAUAAUUUCCAGCUCAUUUAGACACAGCGAGGGCAGUUGUUUCCAGUCUUUAUGCUAAGCUAAGGUAAGCAGCUCCUAGCUGUAGCUUCAUUUUCACCAUGCAGAUACAAGAAAGUGAAUAAGCAUAUGCUCUGAUAAUGUGGAACUAUUCCUUUAAAAUGCAAGAAUCAGUGUUUGAGCUUGAUUGGAAUCAGAAGGAAAAUCCUGAUGAAAAGCAAAUAACUCUGAACAUGAAGCCAUGAGAGAUGUAACUGUUGUUGGAGUAGGAGAGACACGGCGAGCAAAGAAAACAACAAGCUGCUACUUCUUCCUUCACCCACUCUCAUCCACACAUACACACUCUUCCUCUCUCUCUCUCUCUCUCUCUCUCCUCUACAAUACAGCUUUAGUCCAAAGGUUCUGCAGCAACACAGCAAAGCGAGUCAGAUGUUAAAGAAUAAAACCAAAGAGCUCUAACUUGACCUUCUCUUCAACACAAAGCCUCCACUGCAUCCUUCACUUCUCUCUAUUCCACCCCCAUCAGUUCUCCUUUAACUCCUCUGUCACCUAGCGAGCCGGUCUUUGAAGCAUUAACCUCAGCUAUCCAAAGGGAAAUAAUAAUAAUAAUGAUAAUAAUGAUGCUAAUUAAGAUGAUGAUGAUGAUAAUGAUGAAAUGUAUAUUUUUAAGUAUUUGUCAUUGGAAAAAUAAUCUUAAGCUUCUCAUAAUUAUGAUGAUCAUGAUGAUGGCGACGACAACGACGACGACAACGAUGAUGAUGAUGAUGAUGAUGAUGAUGAUGAUGAUGAUGAUAAUGAAAUUUCUCUUGGUAUCUUUGUAGCUGUUCUGAUCCUUCUUAAGUUCUUGUCCUUUCUGCUCGUGCUGCCAGAGUACUGCUUAACUCCCAUCAGGCCACCCCACCCCCCCACCCCUUUUCAUUUUGUUUACCCCGAUGUUUGGUCCUAACGUCUAACUGUCUGACCUUUACCCCUGGAUGUUUGUCUAUGUGUGUGUGUGUGUGUGUGUUGUGUGUGUGUGUGUGUGUGUGUGUGUGUGUGUGUGUGUGUGUGUGUGUGUGUGUGUGUGCGUGCUGGCAAACACUGACAAGGGGAAGUUUUAAAUUUUCUCUGGAAGUGGUGUCUUCUUGUUAGCUGUUAAAGAGGGGAGGGCUUCAGGCAAUUACAUGUCCACCUGUGAGCAAGCGAGCGAGUGUGUGGUGUAUGUGCGCGACUGGGUGGGGGUUGCUAGAAAAUGGGAAGGGUGUGGUUCGCUGCAGCAAUUUGCAAAAAAGACAAACAGUUCUUUGGACAGCAACAAGCCCCCAGACAUGACCUGUACUUUCAACUGUAACGUACUGUUUGCCAACUUCCUAGUACAUGUAGCUUUAAUUCCCCCUGUCAAAACAGUCAGCUCGUUCCUUUAUUGUGUGUGUGUGUGUGUGUGUGUGUGUGUGUGUGUGUGUGUGUGUGUGUGUGUGAGAGAGAGUGUGUUUGAGUGUCAUCACUCAUCCCUUUGUGUCUUCCAUCCUGUGAGCAGUCCCCCCUCCCACCUUCCAUCUUCUCUAUCUGCACCCUUACCCUCCUGUCUCCCACCUUCUUCUCCCUUGUGGUAGCAAGUUAGCCUUUUAGUGUAUUUAUCUUGAAAACCAAAAAAAAAAAAAAAAAAAAAAAGAAAAAUAACUCUGCUUGUUCAUUGUACAGUGUUGUUCAUUUUAAGUCAUUUUUGUAACUGAAAGUGUUUCAUUCAUCCAAAUAAAACAGGAGACAAAAACUGUACAGACGA